CUGGUCCACGUCAGCUUUCGUAUCUAUUUUCUUCAACCAAUCUCCUCGAUCGGAGAGCAUUGUUCCUGGAAGUGGCUAUGCACCAGGCACUAACUCACGGUCCCCCUUGCCGGUUUUGUUGAAUCUCUUGACAGCGAACACAUGCUGACGAUGUUCCGUGGAUUAAGUCUUCUGGCUCUAGAAGAAGAGAAGCUACGAUAUCUGUACACCUUGUCACCUGGACCAAGCACAUGGGAUGAGCUUUCUCUAUUUAAACAAGUGGUAGGAGCGCCCGGGUAAAACUUACCUGCAACAGCGGCCUAUAUAAACCUCCAUGGCCUAUGCUGCUAGCUUGAUUCUCGCUUUCUUUGCUACCUUGGUCCUCUGUCAGAGCGCUUCCAAGUUGGAACAUGACUUGAAUGAUGCUGGUAUCACUGCCGUCUUUCCUGGGAGUUCUGCAUACGAGAUAGCAAGCAAACCAUUCAACCUGAGAUACGAUUUCUCUCCUGCUGCUGUGGUAUAUCCCUCGACAGUUCACGAGGUUUCAACUGUAGUCCGUCUUGGAUAUUCUGAAAGACUUCGAGUUGUGGCCAGGGGUGGCGGGCAUAGUUACAUUGCCAAUGGGCUUGGAGGCGAAAAUGGCGCCCUCGUCAUCGAUAUGAGCAAUUUGACAGCCUUGCAUUACGAUGAGCAUACAGGAAUCGCCGCAAUCGAAUCUGGUGUAAGGCUGGGAGACGUAGCACUCGCUUUGAACGAUGUAGGAAGAGGUCUUCCUCAUGGAAGUUGUCCAUAUGUUGGAAUUGGUGGACAUGCUGCUGGAGGUGGCUUCGGAUUUGCGUCCCGCAUGUGGGGUCUGAUAAUGGACACGAUUGUGUCGAUGACAGUUGUUUUGGCCAACGGAACUAUCACCUCUGCAUCAAAUGAUGUCAAUCCAGACCUUUUCUGGGCUUUGCGAGGCGCCGCGAGCUCAUUUGGUAUCAUCACUUCUAUGAAAAUGUUCACGUCACCAGCACCUUCGUACGCGCUCAUCUUUAGUUAUAAUUGGCAAAUGAAGUAUGAGGGUGCCGCAGCCUCCCUCAUCAAGUUUCAGGAAUAUGCUAUGACUGACAUCCCAGCUGAACUUGGUGCGGAAGUCGUUCUUACAAAAGGUGGUGAGGCGGGAAAUGUCACUUUUGCGAUCACUGGCGGGUUCUUUGGCGAAUCUGAGGCAGCGCUGAAUAGCACGUUGGCGCCAUUCCUAGCAGUCAUGCCGCCUCCGUCUAAUAUAAGAUAUACGGGUAAUGGAACGUGGAUCAGUGCGCUAGAGGAUCUGGGUGGUGGUGUUCUUGACACGCAUACCGCAGGCCCUGACGGAACCAACACAUUCUAUGCCAAAUCAUUGAUGACUCCACAGGACGACCCGAUGACUUACGAAGCAUCUGAAGCCUUCAUGAAAUAUUUAGCAUACGCCGGGUAUGCUUCUGAUACAAGUUGGUUCAUGCAAGCCGAGUUAUAUGGGGGCGGAAACUCAGCCAUCAAUGCGGUCCCCGUCGAUUCAACGUCAUUCGCGACACGAAGUGCACUGUUUACGAUACAAUUCUAUGCAGCCACUUUCAACAAUACGCCACCUUAUCCUGAUGAUGGCUUCACUUUCUUGGAUUACCUCGUCAGUAACAUCACGACCGCCAUGCAUCCUGGGUGGGAUUAUGGAGCAUAUGUCAAUUAUCCUGAUGACCGUCUUAAAGAUUGGCAGCACCUCUACUACAAAUCUCACUACCCGAAGCUUGUCGCGAUGAAAGACCAGUACGAUUCUACAGGUGUAUUCGUAUUCCCUAUAGGAAUCGAGUGACUUAUGUUAAUGGAUAGCCACCUGUGCGAUACUUGAAUGUUAUAGCAUCCCGAAUAUUACCAAUGCGUCUUGGACUCUUAUCGC